CGCUGAGUGGGCGUGGCUUGAGCGAUGAAAAACAACAGAUGCCAUGUUGGCUGUGCAGAAAUGAAGGUAUAUGUAGCAUUAUGGAGAGAGAUUUAAGCUGUUUAACAGAACUACAGAGCUUCAUAUCACACUCUGAACACACAGAAAACACUGAGAGGAUCUGUAGCACUGUUUGUGUGUUGUUGUUUUGUUUUGACAGAACCAGGACGCUGUACGAGGAGAUCCGGGCCUCUGUCAAUAAUCACGACAAUAACGGUGAUGGAUCAUUCUGGCGCCCGGUGUUGCCCUGGGGUGGGGUUUACCCAAUCAGAGCAGGUCGAAAAGCCAUCGCCUGCACACCUCUCUAUGUUAAGAUCAAUCUGAAGAACACGUGCACCAUCGACGGGUUCCUCAUGCUCCUCUACAUCAUCCUGAAGGAUAAUCACACCUUCCCAAGAGAGGUGGCCACGUUCCUCGGGAAACAGUUUGUGGAGCUCUUCCUCUAUCUGAUGGACUCUUACGACUACACUACAGUGAAGAUGUUGUGGAUCUGGGACCGCAUGUCCAAGCGUCAGUAUCGCUCAGAGGUCCACCAAGCAGCUCUGGAGAUCGAUCUCUUUGGGAACGAGCAUGAGAACUUCACCAAGAACCUGCAGAACCUGAUGUGUAGUGUACAGGAGAGCUGGUGCUCUAACUGGGGCUGUCCGGCACGCUUUCAGGAGGAUCUCCAGAAGACCAUCAACAUUAGUCCUCCACAUGAGCUGCCUGAUAAAGAUCCCAUUCAGUCAGCAGUUGAUGAGUUUUUCUGCCCACGGCUGGAACUCUGUGAUGAAUUCAAAUGUAAGGGGUUGAGAGAAUUCAGUCAGCGUGUGUUUUGUCACGGCCCGCCUCCUUUCAUCAUUCUGAACAUGCAGAUGUGGCAGUCCGAGGAUCUGUCUUACGUACCGUACCGCCUUGAACUGUCUGAUCAACGGUACUCAUUAGAGGGCGCUACACUCUUCAACAGAGACGAGCAUCAUUAUUCUGCUGCGUUUCAGAUGGACGGAUACUGGAUGCACUAUGAUGGUCUCCGUAGUGACAAUCUUGUGCUGUUGAAUAAACCACCGGAGUUCCUGCUCCUCUCUUCUCUUGUUUACAUCCGAGCUUCAGACAAAUAAACCGCAGAGAAACGCCUGCUACCAGAAAGAGUCUCAAACUUUAACUCUGUGUCUUCUUCAUGACCUCUUUGGUACUUUCAUGAUGUCCUCUGGACACUUUUACUUUUUUCCUUCAAAGAAGAUCUAAGUUGAAUGAUUCGUUUUUGUUAUACUACAUGUUUUUGUGAAAUUUCAUAUUCUUAUAUAUCUAUCUCUAUAUAUAUAUUCAAUUUUGUAAUUUCUAGAUAAUGUCGUCUGAUUGCUGUCUUGCACAGUAAAGGGCUUUUUUUCAGGCGUGCUUGGAAUCCAAGAAUAUUUUUAUGAACUAUAAUAGUUUUGGCCUGUGUGGGAUUUGUAUAUUGACAGGGAAAACUCAGAACUGCAUUCAGGUCCUCUGUAAUCCAACGUAUGUAAACUUUAUAUCAGAAGAUGAAAUGAGAUGCUUGCUUACAGAAAAUUAAUGUCUACAUUAUUAAAAUAUCAAAUUAUAUCACUCAUGGUUUCGUUUUGUCCCAUAUAUCAGUCCUGAAUGGACAUGUAUCCAGUGUUUGUAUGUUUAUAAAUGAUUUUAAUCUAUACAACAUUGCUUUCAGUUCCCUGUUUUUACCUUUUCUUCUCUCGGAUUUCUUAAUCUACUCAAGUACGAGUAAUGUUUACCCUUUAUCUUACCAGGUUUUAUAGUUACGAGUUAGAAUCUGUAUGAUUAAUAAUAAGUGCUGUGAUGGCAUUUCUUUUCCACCUUGAUUCAUCAAAACUAUACAAUAGUCUAGCAUUUUUUCUAUAUGUUGUCUUUGUAAAUAAAAUUUGAACUACAUCUGUAA